AUGGCAAAGGAUCCCAAGCCCGCUCGGAUUCGGGCACGUCGCGACUCUGGCAAGGAAAAGCCGCAUGCUGACGAACCUGGUGCUGCUUCACGUCAUUCUGCUCAGUCGACAACCUCCAGCCCCAAUGCUGGCCGCGCCCCUCUCAAACCGGUGCUGAAGCUGCACAAAGAUUUGACGCACUCCGUGACGAAGGAGUCCAGAAAGAAAGACUACGAAUCGGCCCAUCGAAGGUGUUUCAAAGUGAUGGACAAUCUUGAGCAAGAGUUUCAAAAAGCCCUUGGGGAGAGAGAUGAAGAGAUAGCCAACAAUUCUCAGUUGAUGGAACGUCUUCGCACCGAAAAGACCCAGGAGAUUUCGAAAUUGCAGCAGGUCAUUGCGGGAAGAGAGAAAGCCUUGGUCGAGAGUCGGAGACUUGAAAAGGAGCUCUGCCAAUUGCAACAGCAGGUAGAGUCCACGAACGCCACCAUGCAGGAUCAGGUCUCCUGGAACGAUAUUCAGUUACUCUUGCAUCAGACGCACGGCGAACUGGUAUCGGCGACCACUCGAUUCUGGAACACGAUUGACGCCCUCCAGAACAGAAGACUGGCAGCCUAUUUGCCAGGUUCUGGGGUGAUCCACGGAAAUUGGCCGGACCAGAGCGGCCCGCCGGGGGCUCUGAGUCUGAGCCAGAAUACCCUUCCUGGUGGGUUCUCCGCAUCGAGUAAUCUGCCGCUCGUUACUCAGCAGGCACCAGCUCCCACGAAUCAGUACGGAUCGCUUGUCUAA